AGGAAGCAGGAAACUCUUAAGUUCAGAGAAACUGAAACUGAAGUGCAGUUGAGCUGUUGUGUGUUAGUGUCUCUGUAUUCAAGCAGUGAAAUGGCAAAAGCCAGAAUUUCUCAGGAUGAGUUAAAGUGUCUAGUGUGUCUGGAUCUCCUGAAGGAUCCAGUGACCAUUCCCUGUGGACACAGUUACUGUAAGAGCUGUAUUACAGGCCGCUGGGAUCAGGAGGAUCAGAUGAGUGUCUACAAAUGCCCUCAGUGCAAACAGACCGUCAGUCCAAGACCUGCUUUAGCUGAAAACACCAUGCUGGCUGGAGUGGUGGAGAAACUGAAGAAGAGAAAACUUGCUGACUGUUACGCUGGAGCUGGAGAUGUGCAGUGUGACGUCUGUACUGGAAUAAAAUACAAAGCCAUCAAGUCUUGUCUGGGGUGUCUGGAGUCUUACUGUCAGAAUCACCUUGAAGAACAUGAGAGUUUCUUUAAAAGAAAGAGACACAAUCUGACUGAAGCCACUGGACGACUGCAGGAGAUGAUCUGCCAAACACAUGACAAGAUCCUUGAGGUUUUCUGUCACACUGACCAGAAGUUUAUAUGUGUGCUGUGUACGAUGGAUGAACAUAAAAACCAUGACACUGUAUCAGCUGCAGCACAGAGGACAGAGAAACAGAACCAGCUGAAGGAGACGCAGAGGUCGUUCCAGCAGAGGAUCCAGCAGAGAGAGAAAGAUCUUCAGCAGCUGAGAGAGGCUGUGGAGUCUCAUAAGAGCUCUGCACAGACAGCAGUGGAGGACAGUGAGAGGAUCUUCACUGAGCUCAUC